AUGGAGGCAGCCCCCGGCGUGUCACCGCCGCAGGCGGACACGGACCGGGCUGGGUGUACCGCGGCGCAGCCUACAGAGCUGGCUGACGCCCACGGAGCUUCGCCGUCGCCGACGGGAAGCCUUCCAACGCGGACCAGCCAUGGAAACGAAGCCGCUGGUGACGCCGUGUUGCCGCCGCCGGCGGACACGGGCCAGCCCGGGGCCACUGCGGUGCAGCCUACAGAGCCGAAUAGAGCUGCUGAAGCCUACGGAGCCUCGCCGCCGCCGGCGGGAGGCCUACAAGCGCUGAGCACGGGCCGAGGUGCAGCUGCCGGCCCCGCCGUGUCACCGCCGCCGGCGGACACUGGCCAGAUUGGGUGCACCGCAGCGCAGUCUACCAGGCCGGCUGCCGCCUACGGAGCCUCGCCGCCGCCGGCGGGAGGCCUGCCAGUACGGAGUGGGGACGGAGACCCGCCUGAACAAACGGUAGCGGCUCACGCCGCCGCGCUCCUCCGUACGCCGCAGGGAUGCGUGUCCGCCGGUGACAAGUCCGACCGGCGCGGUGACACGAACCUCGGUGACACCACCCUCCACUCGGUCGAGGUGGUGGAUGACCUGCUCGGUCCGACCGUCGAUGACGAGGUGUGGGAGGACGCUGAGGACCCGCUUCACGCAGCUGCCGUCGCAGCUAUGCUCGCUGAGCGGGAUACGGAGUGCGACGCGCGUCUGCCGCCGCUCGUGGACCCGAGUCUAGGGGUGACCAGAGCCGCUGCUGACCACGACCCGUGGCCGCCACCGACACCGGAGCGACGCCUGCCGCGGACCUCCCCGUGCGACGGCGGGCGCGUCCGCUGCAAGAAGCGCCCGAGACGCCGCGGAAGAGAGCGCAGGCGCCGCCGUCUGCACCGCGCUGCGGUGGCCUUGUGCGCCCGGACCCCGGAGGGUCCGCUGUGGUGCCUUGGAAUGAAGACGAUGUGA